UUACAAUCUUAACCACUUUAACAAUGGCCGCCGUUUUCUCUCACUUAUCAUCAGAUGCCACGUCAUUCUCCGGCAUUCAGUCGUCUCGCUUUUCCGGCGUAUUUGUCCCUUCUCCGAUCACAUUUCCGGCCACCCGUCGACGUGUCACUUGCUCAGUCAAUGGAAAUGCAAAUGCCAAUCAGAAGGACUUUCUGCACAUCAGCAAUUUCAACAAAUCAACUAUUUUGAACAUCUUGGAUCGAGCCAAAGAGGUGAAAGCACUUAUAAAAUCAGGAGAGAGGACAUAUCUCCCAUUUAAAGGUAAAACAAUGGCGAUGAUAUUUGCUAAGCCAUCCAUGAGGACACGGGUUUCCUUUGAGACAGGGUUUUACUUGCUUGGUGGCCACGCUAUAUAUUUGGGACCAGAUGACAUACAGAUGGGUAAGCGGGAAGAAACUCGUGAUGUUGCUCGUGUUCUGUCUGGCUAUAAUGAUAUCAUUAUGGCUCGAGUUUUUGCUCAUCAGGACAUUCUAGAUCUUGCUAAAUAUGCAACUGUACCAGUGAUUAAUGGUCUGACAGACUACAACCAUCCUUGCCAAAUUAUGGCUGAUGCCCUUACAAUAAUUGAACAUGUUGGUCAGCUGGAAGGAACUAAGGUUGUCUAUAUUGGAGAUGGAAAUAACAUAGUGCAUUCUUGGUUGCUGCUGGCAUCAGUAAUUCCUUUCCACUUUGUUUGUGCCUGUCCAAAAGGUUUUGAACCUGACCAGGAAACAGUUAAGAAAGCACAACAGGCUGGAGUAGGCAAAAUUGAGAUAACUAAUGAUCCAAAGGAAGCUGUUAGAGGAGCUGAUGUCGUGUACUCAGAUGUCUGGGCUAGCAUGGGACAAAAGGAAGAAGCUGCAAAGCGCCGUCAGGUGUUUCAAGGAUUCCAGGUGGACGAAGAACUCAUGAAAUUAGCUGGAAGGAAUACCUAUUUUAUGCAUUGUUUGCCUGCAGAGAGGGGAGUGGAAGUCACUGAUGGCGUGGUUGAAGCGCCAAAUUCUAUUGUGUUCCCUCAAGCAGAGAACCGUAUGCAUGCACAAAAUGCAAUUAUGCUUCAUGUAAUGGGAUUGUAAUUGCAUUGUUUGAUCUAAUAGUGAUGGCUUAGUUUCUUCUUAAAUCGUAUUUUGCUUGGACCAUUAAAGAGCUUAAUGGCUAUGUCUGUUCAUAUAACUCAAGGUUUUAACUUCUCAAGUCAAGGGAUUGUUUUGUUCUAA